AUGGCUAUUGGCACUGCUCCUCCAACACAAACACGUAUGGCGGCAGUAUUGCCUACAACAGCCACUCCUCCGCAAAGUGCAGAUGAUGUUGUCUCCUCUCCUUCUGUAGCUGUACCUCAUGCAACAGUUCAGCCAACUCCAGCCACAGCUACUGUUGCCCCAAAUACAAUGGCAGUAACAGUUUCUCCUGUUAUAUCUGAAGUAGCAGCUGCUGUUGUUCAAGAUGAAACGGACAUACCACCCAUGACAUCUGUACAUCCUUCAAAUGUUGCUGUCUCUACUCCUGCUACUGCUUUAGUUCCUCCUCGAAUAGAAAUAACUGAGACAAUGCCAGACUCUGCUGUUGUAGAUUCUCCCGCUCCUACGACAUCGGUUAUAGUUUCACCACCUGCUACCCAAACACAAGUCGUUACACCCACAGUGAAACGCCCUCGUGAAGAAAGUUUAGGGUAA